UCGUGAUUGUAGCACUUCAAUAUGUCAAAUUUUCCGAAUAAGAAAUUCGAUAUCGAGUCGGAUAACGCCAAGUACAUGUGCAUCUCGACCUCGAACGCGGUGGGGCCCACAGUGAACAGCACCACCUACCUGAGCAUUGAAUACGCACCCAAUGACAUCAGCGUCUCGGAGAACAUUGUCUAUGUGCAGGAGCAUCAUAUACCCGGACGUGUCAUAUGCAAAUCGCAGGCUAAUCCAGAACCGUCCUAUGAGUGGCUCUAUCCGAACAAGACUGUGACAAUGGGCAACACGCUGAUUAUCAACGAUCCCAUCAAGCGCAACGAUACGGGCAUCUACAGGUGCCGAGCGCGCAAUAAGCACGGAGAUCGGAUUGCCGAAACUAUUAUCGAUGUUCAAUUUACGCCACGCUGUGAAAUCGAGAGGCGAGAAAUCGAUGAUCAGGAUACGCUAAUUUGCACAGCAUACGGAAAUCCUGAAGAGGUGAGUGUCAAUAAAGUGCACAGCACUAAGCAAAGGGUUCAAAAAUUAAAUAAUAUACGAACAAGCAGAAGCAGGAAUGCCCUAUAA